AUGUCGACGGGAUCCCUCUCCGAUUCUCUCACUUCACCAUCUCCCUCCCCGCCACCACGAAUGGCACCCACAACACGUCGACCUGGUCGGCCGAAAAAACCACCAAAAAAAGCCCCCCCACCCGUUCGGGCUCCAAAGAAGGGAGAGUCGAUUCCAAAGGCACCGCCUUCGGCUGGUCUGGAGACAACAAUUGACUCUGGCUCAGAGCUUUCAGAGCUCACUGAGGACGAAGAGGGCAAUGCAGCAAAAGCCCAUAGCCAGGAGGGGGGUAGUGUGGUGGAUGAUGACCAGAUGGAAAACGAGCAAAGCCCCACACCUGACGAUGACGACGGUAGCACCCAGGACGCGAAGAAAAAGGGGAGAGCGCGUGCUUCGAGCAGGAAAGAGCCGUCUAAUGGCCGACCAACAACAAGCAGUGGUAGCAAUGGAGCGGGGAAACGAAAACGGAGUAGCAUAAUACCACCGACAAUGUGGGGCUGGGCUGCCCCAGGAACUACAGCUGAAGAGGAAGAAGACGAGCGUUCUCAGCCACAAGCAAUGGAGGAAGAGUCAGACAGUGAACAGGAAGCAAAGGAAAGAGAUGAUACAGAGGAGGCAGACGAGCGCCUCAAUGGCAUGCAAGUCGAUGAUGUAACUGUCGAGACGGCACCCAUCGAGACGGCAGCGGCGGCAACUCUGCUAGACUUGCUCGCUGUCGCGUCACCAGAGAUGAUCAAUGGCGAGGUCUCUGAGGAGGAAGUUGAUGUUGAAGACCCUCCGGUUGUCACAAGCGAGACCGUGGAAAAUGUAAAGCGGAUCGCCAGAAGAGCGUCUGCUGCUCGAACACCGCUAGAAGAGGAAGAAGACGACAGGCCAGUGUCACCCAUAUCUCAAGACGGAGAGGUAGUGGAUGGUCCUAGUCGCGAAGUUUCCCCGGUCAGUGGUGACGAAGACCCUGAACCUGAAGCAGCAGACAAAAGCGACAUCGAAGUCGACGCGCCUGAUAAAAGUGACGUUGAAGACGAAGCCAAAAGCGACGAUGAUGCUGAUAUGGAAAUGGAUGUCCAGCCAGCACAUCGUGCAGAAGCAUUAGAUGUUCUCGCUAACAUUGAACUCAAGUUUUCUCUUACUCGCCGGGCAAUCUUUCUGGACAGGAUGGAAGGAUUGGCGUGGGAAGAGGCGUUAGUCCAAGCCGGCACACAUCCAGAAAUGCUUCACAUUCAACGCGAGCUGAUGGCAAGGCGCGACCGUCGCAUAGAGCUCGCGACGCGAAAGCGGUCCUUUGAGUGUGCUGAUGCGGAGCGCAAAAGAGUGACUGCUGAACAAGGGGUGUGGUCCUGGUGGAAGUUAUCUCGAGAUGACUUGCAAACAGACAUGAUCACCGAGACAAACAGAAAACGGAGAAAGAUGGAACGUGACAGACGUGGUUCAGAGCGUUCCGUGCCAUUACGCCGCAGCAUUCCCCCAGCUCCGCCUUCAAACCCUUCAUUGCCACCUCUUGAUCUCCGUCGAAUUCUCAGAGGAUCAAAUAGCAAUUCAACGGCAUUCGUUUUCCCAGAUGUCUCGUCUCUCAGUGCGACCGAAAUAGAGCAAGAUCUUAGCUAUAUGAGUCGUCAAAGCCAGCCAGCCCCGCCUCCUCCAAUUCCGCAUGAUUUGCCCCCACCAUCUUCUCAUAGGCAUCCAGCACCAAAUCGAAUGAUGAUGCAGCCAUCUCAGCAAAUUCCUGCCCCUCAGCCUAUGUAUGACCAGGCGUAUCAACGACCAUAUCAUCCGCCGCCGCCACAAGUCGGCCCGGGUUAUGCAAGGACUCAUCAGCCUCUACCACCUCAUAUGCAGCAUCAUAGCCAUCCUCCUCCUCAAGGUGGUUUUGAACUUGAUUAUCGAACAGCCUAUCCGCCAUCACGAAGACCUGAGAGUCCGGGACCAAGAUGGGGCAAACCUGGAGCCAACGAGUGGUCUGGGAGCGAGACUCGUGUCAUUGGAGGGGAAGGGCGUAUCGAGCAACAGCAAGGUCGCGUGAUUGGGAUGGGAAUGCCGAUGGCCAGACUUCAGGACGAUGAUGAGCGAGAACGCAUGAUGAAGCGUGAACGCGACCGUGACAGGGACCGUGAUCGUGAGCUUCAUGAUGUUGACCGACGUGACUACGGUCAUCUACAUCGAACACCACACCAUUCUAUCGCUGGGCCACACCAUCAUCACCAUCAUCAUGGUCCAGGAGUGCAUCAUCAUGUUGUCCACCACCACCACACCUCCAGUACUUCUCGGCCAUCUUCGUCACACUUACCACGGCCCUCUCUCAGUCCCCGUGCCUCCAGAGAAUUUGAUUCCAGAUCUUCCCAUAACGACCGUCCGCCACACCAAGCAGAGCUAAUCAACAUUUCCUCCAAAUCUUCGUCAACCGACCGUUAUGAACGGGAUCCCGACUAUCGAAAGCGAGUUCUACCACCGCCCGAUGAUCGUGACAGGCCAAUAGCAACACCAUUCGUGAUGGGAGGCUCAUAUGGCAACAAUGGGCCAGCAGCGAAUCGUAGCAUGCGUACUCCUCCGCCAGUGAACAGCCCAGCCCAACCUAAUAGGGCUUCCUCACGAUCUCUCGAGGAUGCUUUCCGUAUGCCCCCUUCUUCUUCAACCUCUGUCAGUUUUCUUGGGGAGUCAGUUCAGUCCCAUCGACCUUCCUCCCACCCGUCUUCGCCGAGACGUUAUUCACAGACUUCUCAAGGUCCACCAUUACCUGCCCAGUCAUCAUCUACUUCACGUUCUUCUACUGCACGGCCAAGUGGGUUUUCGCCUCCAAUGCAUCGUGCCCUGCCCAGCACUAACAGUCCUGCCUUCGGAGGUGGAGGCUCGCGAUAUCCUAAUGGUCCAUUAUUGGCUGGAGCACGUGCGCCGACACCAAGUCGCUCUCCUGUUCUGCAUCGAGCGGAGCGUUUGCCGUCUCCCCCGCCAUCCUCUUCAUCAAAUAAAAUGAUGGUUGGCGCUAUGAUGAACGGGCCACUCCCCCCAUCUUAUCCAGGGUCUUCGAGGACAACAACACCCACAGUCACCUCCGAAGAAAAGGGGACUCUCCGCAACGACUCCCCAUUCGUUGGGCCUUUCGCGGGGAUAAACAACCCCGCUCCUUCUUAUGUCGCCAAACCUCCCAAUGCGGAAAGAGAUCGAGACAACAAUAAGGUGGACGGUGCGGGCAAGACUGACAAGAUGCCUCCACGAGUCUCACCUCCUCCGCCUCUUGCCCCACCGCCUUCUGUUCUUCCACCUCUUCCCACGCAGCUUAAAAGUGAACGAAUUCAAUGA